AUGUUAUAAAAGGCUUAUUAAAAGAGCCUUGUUGAUUAAUAAACGCCUUAAUUUAUAAAAUUGUCUAAUACUUUCUAAAAUCUCAGAAAAUAAGCAUUCCAAGUAUAGAUGACUGUGUGCAAUUUAAUCAAGGAAAGGGGGAAUGCAUUUUAUAAAUUGAGUAAACUCAUAUAUAUAAUGAAAAGAUGAUUUUUAGACUGCUUGCUAAAUUUAUGAAGAGCUUUAUUAAUUUUUGGAGUUCAAAGAAUGCAAAAGUAGCACUCUGUUUUUGGUACAAUACAAUGGGAAAACUCCAGAAGAAUCGACUCUCCUAAAUUGUAACAGAAUAUUAGUAAUAUAGAACUCAAAAUAGCCAUUUUGAAUAACUUGUCAGCCACUCUUCUCAAACUUAAAUUGUAUUAAUAAACUAUAGAAAUCACAACUUAUGUGUUGCACUUCGAUCCCAACUCAGCAAAAGCUUUAUUUCGAAGAGGAAAAGUAAUUAUACCUUUAUUUACCAGGCUCUAUUAUCACUCACUCCUCUGAGCAAUGAAAAUCUCAAGGCCUCUAUUGAAGAUCUCAAGAAAGCCUCACAAAUUCAAGAAGAUGAGUUAAUUCAAAGCACAUAUUAAUAAGCCAUAGAAACCAUGAAUAAUAGAUAAUUAAACCCUAUAAAUUUAAUUGAAAAUGCUAAUUUAAACUAUGAAAUAGAUUAUUCGAAGGAAGUGCCAGAAGAGAUUAACGAAGUCAAAUAGUUUACAGAGAAAAAGGGAAUGGAAAUGCUGAAAGAUCUGUAGAAAUAAGGAAAGAUAAAGGAGGCAAAUGAAUUCUUAUAAGAAUUGAAUCAGAUUCAGGAAGCCAAAAAGUAAUUGGAAAGAAUAAGCAGACUCAAUUUCGAUAAACCAAAGCCAGUAAAUUUUGAUUAUUAAGAUCUUAGUAUCUUUAUGAGACUAUCAAAAGAUUGGGUGUAAAUUCUUUGUAAUUGUAACAAGAAUUCAAGAAUAUUCAAUAUCAACAGCUUUAGGACAUAAGAAAUAAAUUGAAAUAAUGGAAUUAUUGUUAUUCAAAAGAUCUUAAUAUAAAUAAUUAAGGACUUUAAGGAGAGUAAUAAGAGUAUCCUUCAGAGAAUAAAGCUUAAAAUAUCUUACUAAUUAUAGGAGGACUUGUUUUAUUUAUUUUAAUAGGUGUAUUUGCAGCUGGAACAUGA